GUGAAAUGUUGGGAACUAUAUAAGAGCUGGCCUUUCGCUGGUCCACACAUGAAGGUAGAGGCAACAGGCUGACACUGAAAGAAAAGAAGCUCUUUCUCCAUCAGUCAAUCAAUCAUCUUCAACAUCUGCAUCUUCUCCACUAUGACGAUCCUGACUGUGUCUCUACUUGUUUGUGCCAUGAUGGCUGGUGGUGAUGCCUGCUGCUGGUAUUGUGUCCCCUGCCAUGCAGCCCCCUGCUGCUGGAGCUGUUUAACCUGCUCCAUGGCUGAAGUCACAUCUAACAACAGCACCAUGCCUAAUAUAGAGGGUGACAAGCCCCAUGCCGUUUUCAUUCCGACGCCAAUUUCUCCGACCACAAGUUGUCCCCACAACUGGAGUAAAUUCGGUCAACGCUGCUUCUUUCUUGAGAAAGCAAAAAGGACUUGGGCUAAUGCUCAGCAAUUCUGUCAGACCAUUGGAGGAAACCUUGCAUCCAUCCACAGCGCAGAGGAGUACAAUCACUUACAGCAGAUGACAUCUGAACCAACAUGGAUUGGAGGCUCGGAUUGCCAAGAGGAAACUAAUUGGUUCUGGACUGACGGUACAACUUUAGAUUUUACGUUCUGGUGUCCAGCACAACCUGAUAAUACCAAAGAGCAGUGCUGUCUGCAGAUGAAUACUGGACUUGGCCAAUGCUGGGAUGACAUAGGUUGUAGCAAUAUGCAACAAUCAAUCUGUGUCAUGUCACUCAAAUGAUGCCUGAGCCGACGCAGUGGCAUGCAUUCCAAUCAAUCACACCAACACUAAAACCACCAAGGACGUGUGAUUGUGUGUAUGUCUGUGUACUCAUCUGUGUUUGUGUCAAAAUCCUUAAAGUUUUCCAACAAUUAUCACAUCUUUAAUUCUUUGCUACUGUUACUUACUGCUACUGCUUAAAGGAUGACAAGACAAGUGAUGUAAACAGGAGCUGGAGGGCCUCUUAGAGCUUUCAAUAAAAGGAAAUUGAAUUGAAAUUGUUUAUUAAAGUCAUCUUUCAUGUAUCAUGUCAAAUUAAAACCAUGCAUUGAAACAAAC